AGACGUGGGCAAGUAUACCACAGCGAGUAUAUUGUGGAGUGUUAGUGACUGGUAAAGCGUUUAAUAGAAAAUGUCACAUUAUUUUCGCGAUAGGUGAUCGAGUAUCCUGUAGGCGAGGGAUCGAUUUGCGUAUAGAUCAACAUGCCGAAGAAAUUCGUGGGUGAGAAUAGCAAGGCGGUUGCCGCCCGAGCUAGAAAAGCGGCGGUUAAAGAAGCCGAAACUAUAAAGAAAGCGAUAGAAGCUGAGGACAGGGCCUGGCAAGAUAAUGAUAAACAAUUGUUGAAGAAAAAACAAAAACAAGAAGAAGUCGAGAAAAAACGUCAACAGCAAUUAGAGAAAAAGGCGGAAGCGAAAGCUCUGCUUGAAAUGGAAAUGUCAAAUAUAAAAACUGGUGGUAAACAGCCAGCCUCCAAAAUUACGAGAGCUGAAAUUGUUGCUGUUACCGAGAAACGAAAUCAAGUGGCCAUGAAGAAGAAAGAAGACGAGAAACCGAUCGAAGAAAAUUUGAACAGAUUAACUUUGGAAGGUGAAACAGCUCACAAUGUAGACGAAGCUAUAUCCAUUUUAAGCGCAAAGGAUCCUGAAGUCGACCGGCAUCCUGAAAAACGGAUGAAAGCAGCGUACGCGAACUUCGAGGAAAGAAUGAUGCCGCUGAUCAAAGAUCAAAAUCCUACCUUGAGGCUGAGUCAAUUGAAACAAAUACUUAGAAAGGAAUGGAUGAAAUCGACUGAAAAUCCGCUUAACCAAACGCUACUGAAUCGCUAAUAUAAUAAUAUCUAUGCGCGCGAUAUUCGUGUAUUCGCGUCAGACUGAUUAAUUGUUUAAUUCUGUCGAAUUUGGUUAAAUAAUUAUUGCAACGAUAUAAUCAGCUGUAUACAAUUUUAUUUGUAAAGUGAAUAACUUAUAUUAAAAAAUACUAUAUAUA